CGGGCACGAACUACACCCGUGGUUACUCCAAAGAGACACAUUGAAGUUGAUUUGAAAGGGAUUGUGGAACGACAUCAGAUGGAAGUGGAGGCGUUGCAGGCCUUGCGUAUCAGCGAAAUGAAUGCUCGGAAGGAGUCGGAGGUGGAGAUUGAUAGACUAAAACAAUCGUUGGCUCGAUUGGAGAUGGUGCAGCGAACGGGGACGCGGGGGACAAAUUUGAAGUUGAAGUUAGAUGAAGCAGCAGGGAAGAAUGAUAACGCUGCCAAUGAACCAGGACCUUCGGUGCGGAAGAACAAGGAGAAAGCGGCGCCUGGGUCGGUUUCGAAAGCUGUGGAUAGAGAUGCCUUUGUUAUGGCUAAUCGAUGGGAUCUCCGUGGGAAGAACAAGGAUGCCGUCAUGACGAUUUGCAAAAACGAAGGGGUGGUUUACACGACGUUGGAACCCACGAAGGAGGCUAUUGUCCAAGCAAGGGUGGAAAAAACAUUCAACGGUGAUGGAGGGAAGAAUGACAAAGGUAAGGCGAGCGUACCUGUUAAGGUGUCGAAGGAUGGGGAUGAGUCAUCUGUCAAGGAGACUCACGAUGACCUGAUUGUCUCUUAGUAUCCCACUCGAGCAUGGCUUAUCUUUGGGAUUUGGCUCGAUUAUGUUGUAGAUCUCGUUCCUUGUCUAUUGACCAUCUUAAGAGUAGUGAGUGGACCAAGCUUCUAUGCUUUGCUGUCUGUGGCUUAAUUCUGGCUGAAGAAGUGGUGUGGGGGCUCGAGUUUCGAGCUGUAGACGAUUGGGUCAAUAAGUGUUGAACCUUGUGCUUGAUAUGGCGUAGUUGAGUUUCGAACCAUAGUUGGUUGUACUAAUAUGUGGUGUACCUUGUGAUUGAUAUGGGUCGGUUGAGUUUCGAACCGUGGUCGGUUGUGCUAAUAAAGGGUGAACUUUGUA